UAGAAGGGUGUUUUAAGUUUAUCAGGCUGACGUCACGCACGAUUAGAAUAUUACAUUCCAGGCGAUUGUAACGUACAAUUUCAUUUCAGUCGAUUCUUGAUACCAGUCAGAAAAUUCAUAUCAGAAAAUUUGUGCAACUUUCCGUUGACAUCGAAUACAAAGCUAUUCUUUGUCUGCAAAAGUGUGAUGUGUACGGUCACCUCGAAUUAUUAGGAUGUGUUGUGAUUCAUUUACACCCAUUUCCGAAUUAUAUUAAAUUUAUUUGUUUACAUGAGUGUAAAGCUAUGAAAAUAACCGACUGGUAAACAGUACAACAUCCUCUAACAACUAUAAAAUCAAAAAUUCGACCUACAAUCCACAAUGACGACACGUGUACAAGCAUUGUACGAUUUUUCCGGCGAACCGGCCACAUCUGAACUGUCGAUAGUAUCCGGUGAAAUAUUAAUUCUUACUCGAACCGACGUCGGUGAAGGAUGGUGGGAGGGAACAAAUGCAAAGGGUCAAACUGGACUGUUUCCCGAAGCAUAUGUUCAAAUAUAUAAGGAAACACCUGCAGCAGCAGCACCACCACCAGUUGUACAACAGCGCUAUGAUGCACCUGACGAUUUUGGCGAUCAACAAGAUGAUUGGGAUGAUGAUUGGGACGAUGACAACGAAACGUAUUCUGAGAUAGGACCACCGAACAAUCAAGUUAGACAGUCGGCGAGCCAGCAACAGAUUAACAACUACACGAACAUCAAUCUACCACCAGCACCGGCUGACGAUGCAAUAUCAAUGACGUCGACGAGUGCCCCAUUGAAAAAGUCUGGAAUUUUUGCUAAAUCGGGUGAUUCGUACAUUCUGGGAACCACAACGGUAUCCGUUCCUGAUAAUGAACGUACGUUUGUCGUUAACACGGAGAGUGGAUAUUUUUGGAAACAAAUUCGAGAUCCGUAUACGGUUCGCGUCGCUUCGCCCAAAAAGGAAACGAAAUUCAAGGGCAUGAAGUCCUUUAUCGCCUACCAGCUGACACCUUCAUUCAAUAACAUUGCCGUGUCGCGACGUUACAAACACUUUGAUUGGUUACACGAACGCCUCGUCGACAAAUUCUGCCUCAUUCCUAUUCCACCAUUGCCCGAUAAGCAAAUCUCCGGACGAUACGAGGAUGAAUUCAUAGAACACCGCCGCGUUCAAUUGCAAGAAUUCGUAGAUUGGGUUUGUCGUCAUCCAGUUUUAUCAACGUGUGAGGUUUGGAUGCAUUUUCUAACCUGCACGGAUGAGAAACGUUGGAAAACCGGUAAAAGAGCCGCAGAAAAAGACAAUUUAGUGGGAGCAACAUACUGUGCAGCAAUAUUUCCACCCGAAAAGAGCUUACUGCAAACGCAAGUCGAUGGACAAACAGAUAAUUGCAGUUUAUUCGUUCAUGGAAUGGAUGGAGCAGUUAAGUCACUAUUAGCAAUAUCGAAUGAACAAAUCAAGCGGUUUCAGUUGCAAUGGAAAAAGGACUUCCAGCGAGUCGGCGAAAGCUUUUCCGAAUUGGCCAGAGCGCUGGAAAUUGAUGAACGUCGGGCCAUAACCAACAUCAAUUUGUCGAACUCAGUUGGUCAAACGGCUGGUGUGUUCAUUGCAAUUGGUCAAUUGUUUGGUGAUCAACCCAAAUCCGACUGGAUUCCAUUCUGUGACCGAUUGCAUAUAUACCGCGGCGUUUUGGGUGGCUUUCCGGACGUACUGGCUGUGCAACGAGGUGCAAUGCAGAAGCGCAAAGAAUGCGAAAGGCUAACAGCUGACCAGAAGAUGGGUAAUGCUCAACUGCAGGAGGUCAAUCGACGCACUGAUAUUAUGUCGUAUGCUGUACUUGCCGAAAUGAACCAUUUCCGUAGCGAACGCGAUCAGCAUUUGAAGGAAACGAUGAAAAAUUUAAUUAGUUCACAGAUCGAUUUCUACCAUCAGAUCAUAACGAAGUUACAGGUGGCGCAAAGGUAUUUCGAAUAGUGUCGGCAGACAGUCGGGCUCGUUUUGCAUUAACACAAAUUUGACUAAUUUUAAUUUGAAAAACUAAAAUGGAGCAAUGGGAUGGAAGUAAAGUUUAAAUCCAGCAGGCACCAGACAAAUCAUUGCUUGUCACCGGGACGGUUGUUUUUUUUUUUUGUUCGGCAAUUUACCUUCCCAGUAUUUUCCUUGCAACAGUCGCAUCAUUUUAUGUUGUUUUAUGCAUAAAUUUUUCAAAUUAUUUAUUUUGCUAGCAUCUGAACGAAAGAAAUUUUUACGAUUUUAUCAUGAACCAAACUGCAAAUUGUGGAUGAAUAUAGCAAUGAAAAAUGAGUUAAAAAUUCCAUGUUGAUAUAUAUAAAAUGUACACACACAUAUUUCAGAGACAAUUUUUUUUUUUUAAAGCAAAGCAAAGUGACUAUUUUAAUGUAUUUUUACACCUUCGAUAUAUAUAAAAACAAAAAUGGAACGAAAACAGAAAAUUUAUAUAUUUUUGAAUAAAAUGUGUAGGAAACAAGAAUAUUAUUAACAAAAUGCAAAAUAAA